CUUCCUAUACAACAACAUAUCGUGCACAGCAGGGCGCUGCUGUUUUCUCCCUUUCUCUCUCUCACUCUCUCUCACACACACGCGACCAUACAUGUGCAUACGCACGCACACGGGCUGCGCGUACAUAUCGGACCAUACGCUCUGGUGGGCGGGCGGGCGCUGCUGCGCUUCGACACAACGACACGUGGGGGGUUCCGGGCGAGGCGAACCCCGGUUGAGCACCGUGCAGGAACUUUGACUUGGUUUUUGUUAUCUCUUUCGGGUCUUAACCUUCUUCUUCUUCUCCUCCUCCCCUAUUCGCUCCCCGUUCUACGUCCUGCGCUGUUCUGCUGCGCCGCCGCCUCCCCCCCUCCCCCUCCCGAAACCCCGGCAAAGGCAAAUCGCAGCCCCCGGACUGGGCUCCGACGCCUGCAGCGACCCGGAAAACAAUAUACACAUCACGGUCCUUCUCUCUCGUCUUGUACUCCUGCCCAACCAACUGGGAGGGUUGUGUUGUAUAAAUACCCGACUCACACUGGAGCGGGCCGGUGGUUCUUCGUCCCACCCCGCCGUUUCGACUUCUCGACACACAUACAUAAACACGGAACACAUACUCAUUCGCCCCUCACAGCAGAAAUGGGCGCUGAGGAGAGGCUCCUUGUGCCCAUCGAGGUCUUCUCCGACACGCUCUGCCCGUGGUGCUGGGUAGAGAAGCGCAGCAUCGAGGCCGCCAUGCGACGCUACCAGGCCAACCACCCGGACGUUGACUUUGAGCUGGUCUGGCGCUCGUUUUGCCUCAACCCUCUCCUCAAGACAAGAUGCGACAAGCUCUCCCUCUACGACGAGUGGUCCGGCGGCAGCGCCAACUUCCAGCAGCACCUCGACCGGGUCCGCUCCGCCGCCGCGCCCUACCCGGACCUGCGCUUCCGCGUCGCCGGCUCGACGGGCCCCUCGCGCCUCUCGCAGGUGCUCAUCGCCGCCGUCCUGCGCCGCCGCGGCCCCGCCGCCCAGGCGCGCGUCGUCGAGGCCCUCUUCCGCGGCCACUUCGCCGACGGCCGCGACGUCAGCGACGAGGACUGGCUCGUCGAGGUCGGCCGCGACGAGGCCCGGCUGCCCGCCGACGUGGUGCGCGCGGACCUGCGCGACGAGGGGCCCGGCGGCCUGCGCGGCGUCGAUGAUGAGGCGGAGGCGGCUGUCGAGGAGCGCGGCGUCGAGGCCGUGCCGUGCGUCAUCGUUCUCGGGAGGUACAAGGUUGGCGGGUUCCAGCGCGAGGACGUCUUUGAGUCGCUGUUCGACAGGAUACGCGCCGAGAAUGCGCCGCCGCCGCCGCCGCCUGCGCCGUCCGGCGGUGCGGGCGCGGAGGGUGUGGGAGUGUGAGGGGGAGGAGGCCCCCGUCCCGAUGGGAUGAGGCGGGUGGAGGCAUGAUGAAGAAAUAACGACUGUGAUGACGAGCCCCAAGAUUGAAUGAUUGCUUCUUUGGAACCGGAUACCCCAAGAGCUGCUGCGCGGGACGAGACGCUGGCAAGGUGAGGGAGGCAGUUCAGGCGGCACGUACGAGCUGGACGUGUUCCCAGUCCUCCCUCAUACGUAAUGCGUGAUAGAUAGUCACAACGCCUUAUAACUGAAGACCGUUAUGACCGAACCUGCUUGUCCCUUGAAUCGAGAUACUGUUUGCCUGGCUGCCCGGAACAAAGCACGCUUCAAACUGCAAGAUCGAUUUCAUGAAUCGUCAU